AUGAUGAAAGCAACAGCCUACCGUAGUCCUACCGUAACUAAAUUGGUAGAGAUUCCAUGUCGAUGUCAUGUAGACGUAUCGGUAUAUCAAACAACUAGGACUGGCCCUUAA